AUGUACCGCAUGUCGAUCAUGACGAUGAUGGCCCCGCCCUCCUUGUCCUCAAAGCUCGACAUCCCCCGCUGCACGAAGAUGGCGCUCAUCCACGACAUGGCCGAGGCGCUGGUCGGCGACAUCACACCCGUCGAUCUCCACAUCACGAAGGCCGAGAAGGCUCGUCGCGAAGCCUCAGUCAUGGACUACAUUACCGAGACCCUCCUCGGCAAGGUUCCCGGUGGUGCUAUGUCCGGCGCGGACAUCAAGAGCGUCUUCCAGGAAUACGAGGACGAUGUGACCCCCGAAGCCCACUUCGUGCACGAUAUCGACAAGAUGGAGCUCCUUCUGCAGAUGGUCGAAUAUGAGCGCAGCAACAAGGUUGAUCUUACCGAGUUCACCCAUGUCGCAUCUCGCAUUCGUUUGCCCGAGAUUCAGGCCUGGGCUGCUGAGGUCAUUGCCGAGAGACCCAAGCAAGCUUGA